GAGAGAGAGAGAGGGGGGAACCUCAACACCGGCUUUGUGGUUUUUAUCCAUUGCCAAGCUUUUUAAUUACACCUGCUAAUCUAGUCGCCUGUGAUCGAUGAUGCUCGUCUCUGAACACUGAUUUUCACUCCGUUUAUUCACCAAACCGAUCAUAUGUACAUAGACGAAUACAUUGAAGAAGAUGAGGAACCACCUUUGCUGCUCAGCUAUUGUCCUCCUCGCGCUGUUUGGCUGUGGAGGGACUGCAGCGGUGCAGUCUCGGUGUGGGAAAGGGUGUGCGUGUCUGCAAUGCCCGGCAGGCCAGGAGCCUUCCAAGGCUUGUGGGCAGAUCCAGAGUCCAGCUGAAGAAGUGCAUUGCCAGGUGUGCCCAGCUGGAACCUUUUCAGACGCACUGGACUCUGAGGUUUGCCGUCCACACACCUCCUGUAAGAUCCUCGGCCGAAAGCUUGCAUCCUCUGGCAACGGGACCUCUGACGCCGUCUGUGGUCACUGUCUGACUGGGUUUCACUCCUCUGCCGCUGGGCAAGUUUCCACCCAAAGUCCCUGCGUGAAAAAAGGGUUGCAUGUCAGAGUGGUCCGUAAUGUGGGUAACGGUCAGUCUGGUGGAGCAGGAGGACCGGCCAACAGCACAGUGGUGCGCAGCACUGAGGAAAAGACAGCAGAGUACGCCGUGUUUGCCCUAGUGCCCGUCUUCUGUGUGAUGGGCCUGCUGGGUAUCCUCAUCUGCAACAUCCUAAAGAAAAAGGGAUACCGCUGCACCGGUGAGAAGGAGGGAGGAGAUGAAGAGACUGCAACACCGCAGAAAGAAGGUAACAGCUGUCCCUACAUAUCCGAUGACCUGAAUGAAGACACCAUCAGUGUUCUGGUUCGCCUCAUUACCGAGAAGAAAGAAAAUGCUGCUGCGCUGGAGGAACUGCUGCUGGAGUACGAGACCAAAGAGAUGGCUAUGAGCAAAGGCUCGUCAAUCAAGUUCCCGAUGCUGUCUCCCUUAUCCCAAUUCCGCUCCCUUCCCAGGCUCUGCCCUCAUCAGUCUCACCACCACACCAUCUCCGGCCUCUCUGGCCUGGCCCCCAGACAUGGUUACCGCUGCACCCGUUGCGCCCAGAAAAAAUGGCCCCCUGUUCUCAUUCCACCCCUGGAUUCUCUCAAAGAUCCCCUGAAGCCCCCCCAGAGUCUCAUCCUGCCCUCCCUGGACACAUCCUCCGACCAGCAGAAGAGCCCCCUGCUGGGUGGAGAGUGCGUGAAUACACACCAUACACAAGCCGCUGUGCCAAAAACUGUACAGGAGAAGAUGGAAGGAAGUGAAGUGAAGGAGAAAAAGGAAGGAGAGCUCACAGUAUUGUCUGUAGGAAGAUUUCAAGUUGCUCAGAUCCCGGAGCAGAAACCAUGCACAGUGGAGACCAAGAGAGCAUCCCAGGAGCAAAGGAACUCCUUCUUCGGUGGGAAGUCCUUCUCCUUGUCUUCCUCAUCUGGCAUCCGGAGGUGAAGGGACGAUAUUGCUACCUCGCUGAAGAUGACCUCAUUCACCGGCGACGGCUUGACCCGCUGACACCAAGGGUGUUUUAUUUAGUUGACUGACACCGAUAAACCACAACCACCUGCUGCUGGAAGUAGUUGUUUCUAAUAAUGCAAUAAUAGGAAUAUAACUGUAUUUAUUAUUACAUAGGCAGGUUAUUGUAUUAUAGACGUAUCGGAUGCCGCAUCAGAGGCAUCACGGCUACAUCCGAACAGCAACGGGUCGCGAGACGUCCAAGGACAGAGCGGUUAAUAAUAACUGACACUAGAAAGAGUGAAGCGUGUAUUAUACACAAAUGCACUCCCGGACUU